AUGACAGUCACAUGUAAUUAUUCUUAUAUAAUUGGUAUGAUAAUUGGAUCUAUUUUAAUUACCAUUAUUGGAACGGGUUUAACUUAUUUAGGAAUGAAACGUCUCACAAAAAAAUUAUCUAGAUCUGAAUACGAUGUUGAUGAUAUUGAAUCAGAGAAAGAUGGUAGUCAAUAUUAUGAUUCGAAUGAGAAUUAUAUUAUUUCGGAAAUGCAAAAUCUAUAUGAAAUUAAACCAAUAUUAACUGUUUCAGAAGUUGUUUCUUCAGUGAAACAAUCUUUCGAUGAUUUAGGUGAUGUUCUUAUACCAAAUCAUUGGUUAACACGUAAACAUAUGGUUAAUCAAGAUACUUCAGUUAAAGACGAAAAAAAUGAUUUACCAAUUUAA